AUGGCCCAAGAGCUCUACUGGGUGAAGGAGGACCUAAUUGGCCACCUGAUGCUCCAGGAAUGCCAGAUUGCUUUGACGCUGGCAGAGAGCACCACUGUCCUUGAGUGGAGAGCCAUGCAGUCCCUGGACCUCAGUGAGUCCCAGGAAUGGGGCACCCAACUGCUGUCACAAAGCCAGACCUUGGAUGGGCUGCCAGAGAGGGGGCCCCCCAAUCUUAGAGAUGCUGAUGAGUUCCUGCAGGAGCUGAGAACAUGGUUCGAGGACAUGGCCCCAGGACAAGAGGCCGAAUCUGAGAUCAGGGACCUCAAGCAAAAGGACUACCCCGCAAAUGAAUUGGUUGAGGGAACUCCUGCCCUGGAAACCCUGCCAGCUGCCCCUAGUGACAGCAGAGGUGACAGCAAAGAUGACUUGAUGGAGAGAAUGAGAGAAAAUAAGAUAGGAACUUCAAAUGAAUCACUGGUGAUCAAAUUCAUCCUGAUCGGAUUAUCAGAAUAUCCCAAAGGUCAGAUUAUUCUCUUUUGGUUCCUCUUGAUGGUGUAUCUCAUUAGUUUUCUUGGCAAUGGACUCAUCAUCAUGUUGAUCAUUGCUGACCCCCGACUUCAUACCCCCAUGUAUCUCUUCAUUUGUGUCCUUUCCACAGUAGACUUUAUUCUUACCAACAAUGCACUUCCUGAGGUUUUAGUGAACUGCUUCAUCUACAGGCCCACAAUUUCUUUCUCUAGAUGUUUGGUCCAAAUGUAUAUGGGUCUAUUUCUAAUUGUAGCAGAGUGCAUCAUUUUGGCAGUCAUGGCAUAUGAUCGCUUGGCAGCUAUAUGCCAGCCGUUAUAUUACACGCAGAUCAUGAGUUGGAAAUUAUGCAUUUAUCUAGUCGCCAUGUCAGUGGCCCUUGCCUUCAUGACGACACUGGUCAACGUGCUCUUGCAGCCCACCGACUUCUGUGGCCAUCACACCAUUAACCAUUUUGCAUGUGAACUGCAAUCUUUACUCAAACUGGCUUGUUCCAACAGAGUCAGUGAGCUCUUUAUGCAUAUCUCCAGUUUCUUUCUGCUAUUCCCUCCCUUUGGCUUCAUAGUUGUGACAUACAUCCGCAUAGGCCUGGCUAUACGACGUAUCAGCUCUACCCAGGGACGCAGAAAAGCCUUCUCCACCUGUAGUUCUCACCUUGCUGUGGUCAGUGUCUUUUAUGGAACAAUUAUGAUCAUGUACUUGAGACCUGAAGGGAAAUCCAUUUCUGAAAAAGACAAGGUCAUAUCCUUAACAUACGGGGCUCUGACUCCCAUGCUCAAUCCUCUGAUCUACAGCCUGAGAAACAAGGAUGUCAAGGGGGCAUUUUGGAAGCUGAUUCAAAGAAAAACCUUAAUGUAAUGUACACGUAUGCUCACCAUGUCCCAUGUAGGUUUUUACUGCUGACAAUCUCUACUAACCUUUUAAAAAGGAAUUUAAUAACCAGCAUUUCAACUCCUAAUAAACCGACGAGGGCAUAAGCAAUACUGAAUUUUAAGGAGGAAUGUAUUAGGACUUCAAGAUCUAGAACUCACAAUGCUUUGGCAGAAUAUCAGGUUGGGGAAUAUAUUCACAAAGAAGCUGAGAAUUUUAGGUGCCAAAAUACACCCCUAAAUACACCAUUGUUUCAACUUAUUGAUGGAUAGGCUUCUCUACAAGUAUAUAUGGUAAUACUUUUUAAAAAAUACUUGCUAUCCCACAGAUAAUAGAUGCUCACAGACAAGACAUCCAUCAAUAAGCUGAUCCUUGAUUUUCUAACCAAAAUACCUGUGCUGGAAGGUAAUGAGGAGGUGGAUUCCGAAGAGGGAAGGGCCGUAUUUCAUAGGAAUAAGAGAUGAUUCAGUCCAGAUAUUCUGUAUGAGAGAAAAAUGUGGGGAAGACAGCCUUAAUAGUUUACUUAAUAGUUUUCAAACUACAUUGUAGAAGUUGAUAGUAGCAUUUUUAAUACGAAAUAUUUUGUCUGUAGGUGUGAAACAAUAAAGAAAUUGCCGGCAA